GGGCCCGGCGCGCGCCCCUCGCCUCGCGCCCUCGGUCACCGCGGGGUCCGGUCCGGUCCGGGUCCGAGGUGAGACCUCGGCCCAAGCCGCGCCCCGUGGCCGUCUCCGCGCCCUCGGCGACACUCUGGAGGAGGAGGAGGAGGAGCAGGAGGAGGCCCGAGAGUCUCCCGUCCAUGCAUCACCGCGAGGCAGCCCAGGAUGAAGAAGGCGAGCAGGACCGCCACCUUAGCGCCCAAGCCGCCGGGGACAGCUAAGAGCAAGCUGGACGGCCCCACGGGGGCCAAGCUCCCCAAGUCCGGCUCGAGCUCGCUGACCAAGGCCAAAAGCAACGAUGACCUCCUGGCUGGCGUGGCUGGAGGAGCCCCAGGGACGAGCAGCAUGAGAGGGAAGAAGCCCUGCCCGGCGGCGACCCCCGCCCCCAGCGUCCUCACCGCGAGCGCCGCCGAGGGCAAGCCCAAGCCCGGUGCAGGGCCCAGCUCCAAAAGAAACCCGUCCGCGGGGAGCAAAGAGCCCGGCUCGGCCCGGGAGCGGCUGCGGGAGCGCUCGCGUCUGAGCCUGAGCAAGCGGGCGCCCGGGCCGGGCCAGGGCCCCGGCGACCCCACGCUGGCCCCGACCAAGCGCUCCCGCAGCCGCGGCGGCGCCGAGACCGACGUGCGCAUGAGCAAGUCCAAGUCGGACAACCAGAUCAGCGACAAGGCGGCCCUGGAGGCCAAGGUGCAGGACCUGCUGGGGCUGGCCAAGGCCAAGGACCUGGAGAUCGUCCACCUGCAGAACGAGCUGCGGGCCAUGCGGGGGCAGCUGGGGCUGCGCGAGGAGCCCCCCGAGGGCGCCGCCCACGCCGAGGCCACCCUGCUGCAGCUGCAGGACCAGAACGCCAGCGUCCACCAGAAGCUCAACCAGCUGAAGAACGAGAACCGCAUGCUGAAGGACCGGCUGAACGCCCUGGGCUUCUCGCUGGAGCAGGGGCUCGAGCAGCCCGAGAAGCUGUUCGACUGCCAGUCCCCGAGCCCCGAGGCGGCGGCGGCGGCGAGCGGCAGCCCCGGGGACGCGGGCAUGCUGGCCUCCUCUGCCGAGGGCUCGGCCCGGGGCUCCCUGGAGGACCUGCUGACCUCGGACGAGCCGGCUCCCAUGGGCCGCCCUCAGAGCGCGUCCCUGGACAACCUGGACAGCGAGUGCAGCGAGGUCUACCAGCCGCUGACCUCGAGCGACGACGCCUUGGACGCCCGGGGCUCCUCCCGCUCCCCCUCGGCGUCGUCCUCGUGCUCGGAGGCCGAGGGGCCGCGGGGCCGCGGGCGGCAGCGGCGGGGGGCGCGGGAGCAGGGCGAGGCGGCCUCGGUGGCCUGCCUGACGGAGCGCCUGCAGCAGAUGGAGGAGAACCAGCACAGCACGUCGGAGGAGCUGCAGGCCACGCUGCAGGAGCUGGCCGACCUGCAGCAGAUCUCGCAGGAGCUGGGGGGCGAGAACGAGCGCCUGGGCGAGGAGCGGCUGCUGCUGCUGCAGUCCCUGUGCCAGCAGAGCGAGCGCCUGGAGCUCCUGGGCCGCCAGCUCGAGUACCUGCGCUCGCUGCUCGACGAGCACCACGUGGCCUACGUGCUCGACGAGGACGUCAAGAGCGGUCGCUACCUGGAGCUGGAGCAGCGCUUCCUCGAGAUGAUGGAGAACGCGCGCUUCGAGCGCGAGCAGCUGCUGGGCGUGCAGCAGCACCUCAGCGCCGCCCUGCAGAUGGCCGAGCAGGACAACAAAGAUGCCCAGGAGCUCAUCGGCGCCCUCAAGGAGCGCAACCUCCACAUGGAGCGCGCCCUGGAGGCCGAGCAGAAGAACAGCGCCUCCCUGACCGCCGCUCUCGAGCAACACCAGGCCACCGUGGCCGGAGACCAGCUGGAGCUGGGCCGCCUGCGCGCCCAGCUGGAGAGCGAGAAGCAGCGCGUGGCCGAGCUCUACUCUCUGCACAGCUCGGGGGACAAGUCCGACAUCCAGGACCUCUUAGACGGCGUGCGCCUGGAAAAGGACAAGGCCGAGGCCCUGGCCGGCGGCCUGCAAGAGGAUCUGAACCACGCCCGGGCCGACGUCGCCCGUCUCCAGGACGCCGUCGCUAAGGUGCAGGAGGAGUAUGGAGGCUUCCAAGAAGAGGCCCAGAAGAAGAUGGCAGAGCUGAACCUGGAGCUAGAGAAGCUGCGCUCGGAGCUGGAGGAGAAGGAGACCGAGCGGGGGGACAUGAAGGAGACCAUCUUUGAGCUGGAGGACGAGGUGGAGCAGCAUCGAGCCGUGAAGCUCCACGACAACCUUGUCAUCUCCGACUUGGAGAACACGGUCAAGAAGCUGCAGGACCAGAAGCACGACAUGGACAGGGAGGUCAAGACGCUGCACCGGAGGCUGCGGGAGGAGUCGGCCGAGUGGCGGCAGUUCCAGGCCGACCUGCAGACGGCCGUGGUCAUCGCCAACGACAUCAAGUCGGAGGCCCAGGAGGAGGUGGGGGACCUGAAGCGGCGGCUCCAGGAGACCCAGGAGAAGAACGAGAAGCUCUCCAAGGAGCUGGAGGAGCUCAAGUCCAGAAAGCAGGAGGAGGAGCGGGGCCGCGUGUACAAUUACAUGAACACGGUGGAGAGGGACCUGGCCGCCCUGCGCCAGGGCAUGGGGCUGAGCAGGCGGUCGUCGGCGUCCUCUGAGCCCACGCCCACCGUGAAGACCCUCAUCAAGUCGUUCGACAGCGCGUCCCAAGGACCAAGCCCCACCCCCGCCACUGCCAUGCCUCGAACCCCCCUGAGCCCGAGUCCCCUGAAGACGCCUCCGGCAGCCGCCGUGUCCCCCAUGCAGAGACACUCGGUGGGCGGCUCCCUGCCCACCGCCAAGGCCCUGCCCGCCCUGUCGGACAAGAGGCCCAACUACGGAGAUCUCCCCUGCCAAGAGCGCCUGUUACGCACCGGCUCGGUCAGCAGGCCGGCCCCGUUGCUGAGGGUCCCCGCCAUGGAGGGCGCCAAGUCCAUCUCAGCGUCUUCCCGCCGAAGCAGUGAGGAGAUCAAGCCGGACGGCCCGUCCGCGGCCUCCCUGAUGGCCAUGGGCCCCACGUCCCCCCAGCUGUCUCACCCCUCCCCCACGGCCUCCGUCACGCCCACGGCCCGCAGCCGCAUCAGGGAGGAGAGGAAGGACCCGCUGUCGGCCCUGGCCCGGGAGUAUGGCGGCUCCAAGAGGAACGCGCUGCUGAAAUGGUGCCAGAAGAAGACCGAAGGGUACCAGAACAUCGACAUCACCAACUUCAGCAGCAGCUGGAACGACGGCCUGGCCUUCUGCGCCCUCCUGCACACCUACCUGCCCGCCCACAUCCCCUACCAGGAGCUCACGGGCCAGGACAAGAGGAGGAACUUCUCCCUGGCCUUCCAGGCAGCGGAGAGCGUCGGCAUCAAGUCCACGCUGAACAUCUGCGAGAUGGUGCGGACCGAGCGCCCGGACUGGCAGAGCGUCAUGCAGUACGUGACGGCCAUUUACAAGUACUUUGAGACCUGAGGCCCCGGCCUGGAGCCCUGGCGGGACGCCCGACCGCCCCCUCCCCCUCGCCGGACACCCGCGUGCCUUUGAGCCGAUCCCGCCGCAGACCCGCCCCGAGGGAGGGGGUGCCGGCUCACGCCCCGCCCACCAAGCUCGGAGACGCCCAGAAGCCUCGCGCCCCACUCCCCCUUAGCUCGGAGAUGAGCGCCCGCGGGGCCGAAUGGGGAACAUUUCCUGCUUCCUGCCGCGGGGUCUGAGCCUCGGGAUGGCCCCUCUGGGGGCCCGGCUCGUCCUCCUCCCAAAUUGCAGCAGCGCCGGGAGCCCCGGGUCAGGAGGAUGCGAGGGGAGAAAAGGGAAAACCCUCCAGGAGCUCGGGGCCGUUUUCCCCGCCACCCGGCCUGAGCUCGAGAAAGUGCCUUUGCUCCCCCCCGGAGGCCGGGCCCCCGCUCGCUGCCGCCCCCCGAGGGCGCCCUCGUCCCCGAGUCGUGGCGAGCUUUGUGUCUUCCAUCCUCCUCCAGCCCCUGGGAGUCCUUGGUCACGGCCACCGCGGCCCGCCCAGGCCCCCCCCCUUAUGCUGUGGACUCCCUCGGAGCCCUGGCCGGCCCCGCGAACGACCCCCGGCCGCCGCGUCUGGCGUCCGGCAGGGGAAGGGAGGAGGGAGACUGUGCUUGUGUGACAGAGGCUGCGGGCUCCGGGCCCCGGGCCCAGGUCAGGCUUCCCCGCCUCCCCAGAUGAGAAGCAGGAGGCCCGGCCCCGGCUCCGGCUCCAGCUCCAGCUUGUGCUCCAGCUCAGACUCUGCCACCAGUUUUAGCUCCAGCUUUAGCUCCUUCUCUGGCUCCGGCUCCGGCUCCAUUCCAGCUUGAGCCCUAGCUCCGGUUCCUGCUCUGGUUCCGGCUCCAACCUGGCUCGGGCUCCAGCCCUGCUCACCUUGGACAAGUAGAGCCGUGAUCCACCCAAAGGAGUGUUCGUCCCCUGGGGCCGGGCCACAAGAAACGGGAUUUCCGCGUCGGAAAUGACCAGACCCUUCCCUUGGGCCUCUGCAGUGGGCCGCCCCUCCCCCUCGCCCACGGGGACCACCGUUCCUGGACCACGGGAGAAGCUUCUCUCUUUUCCUUUGUUCUUUUCUCUCUGAAUGUAUUAAACGGUUAGACGCUG